AUGGGUACAGAUGUCACUUCGUGUUAUCGAGAGUCAACUGUACAAAAUCCCAUUCUUUUUUUUUCAGGUGCAGCGUGUCUCUUGUGGUCGCUUGUUUGGCUUGCUGUGGUUAAGCAUUCCCCUUGUGAAGACACCCAACUUAGCGAUAAGGAGCGAAAGUUGUUAAGUUCAUGUCAUCAAAGCCAUAAAGAUGAGCCUAUAUCUGUACCAUGGGGUAGAAUAUUCACGUCGUUGCCUGUGUGGAGUAUCAUCAUUGGUUGGAUCGUCUGCAGUUGGACCAACGUCACAUUUACCACAGAGCUCUCGCCUUUUCUCAAGUUUGGUCUCGGCUACGACAUAGAGCAAACCGGCUUGCUGUAUGGGUUGUCGUUUUUUGGAACGGCUGUGAUACUGUCAGUAGCUGGCCCAUUUGCAGACACUCUGUUUGUGAAAGGCGUCUUCUCUCAGACUAACACACGUAAAGUACUCACAUGUACCGCCCUUUCCCUGCAGUGCGUUUGCUUCACAAUAGUCGCUUCUACGUCCUACAAGAUAGUCUCACUUGUUAUCGGCCUGGGUUCGAAUGCCCUCAUGUACCCUGGAGUGAGGGCCAACACCCUGGACAUUGCCCCUCCCUACUCAGGUGUUAUCAUGGGCAUAGCGAAUACUUUUGGGACGUGUAUAGGAAUCAUAGGGCCAGUAAUUGUAGGAUUUAUAGUGAAAACAGAGAGUAUGUACGAGUGGAGUAUCGUGUUCUUCUUGAGUGCCGCCAUUUCCGCCACGGGAGGUGUAUUCUACGCUAUCAAUGCGUCCGGGGAAAUACAGCCGUGGGCGGCACCUGGUCUGGACCCUAAGAAGAGCUAGGACGCAGGCCAUCUUAGAAAUCAGCACGAUGUGCUGCUUGUAUUAAUGUAAUGAAAGAAGGCGGAUAGAAGAUUGCAGGGAAGAAGGAAAAGAUAGCCAACGAAUUUUUCAUGCUCGAUAUCUCGGAUGGUAUACGGAGGCCGAGAGUAAAUGAGAGCACGAAGACUAGUAAGAGAGACAGACUCAACUUCAAAUCUCAUGCGGGCGUCUAGGCAAGGGGAUAUCAUGUUUGUUUGAUAAAAGGGUGUAUUAAUGAGUUUAAGAGGGUGGGGUGAAGUCUUCGUUGUAGUGAAUAACUUCCAGCAGUUUUAUUGGUGCGGAGAGGCCAACCUCUAGUCGGUAUAAUUUUUUUCAUCAAUUGCAAUAUAAAGCGGCGAAUUCUAUCGGUAACAGGGUUGGCCGCUUUAUACUUUUAUGGCGCAAGGUUAAAAUAUUGGUGGAGGGGAAUGGUUAGAUUGCUUUGAGAGAUAUAUCCUAUCAAAAUAUCCUACAAUUUUUAUUACCUUCCUUUCUUCUUUUCUCUUC